AAAAUCUACUUGGUCGCUCUGUUAUGUUUCGGUAUUAGGAGAUACCUAGAAAAUAAAUAUGUCAACAAACAAGAUGGCCGGUUAUCAACAUAGGCUAAAACAGUACGAAGAAAUUCUGGAAUCUGAAGUAAUAGAUUUAAAAGCACUUCGAGCCCUUUGUUUUUUAAAUGGUUGCCCACAUGAGCGCAGUUAUAGGGCCCUUUGUUGGCGAAUACUUCUUAACUAUAUUCCAAAAGAAAGGAACAAAUGGAAAGCAGAGCUUCAAAAACAAAGAAACCUGUAUAAGCAGUACAUGGAAAUAAUGAUAAUCUUACCUGGCAAAAAGAUGAAAUCAAAAGAAUCCGCCAAUGGGGAACUAGAAGAUCAUCCUUUAAACCCUAACCCUGACAGUGAGUGGAGAGAAACUUUCAGAGACAAUGAGAUGUUGCUACAGAUAGAUAAAGACUGCAGGCGUUUGUGCCCCGAUCUGUCAUUCUUCCAACAAGCUACUGACUUCCCUUGCGAGGAGUUGCUGAAUGCUUCCUCCAGUGUUGAAACCUUGAGGAAACGUGUGGAGCACUGUGUCCUACAGUCUGAGACAGUCUCCAGGAACAGGCUAGGCAUUACGUUUAAUGCAGCAUCAAAGAAAAGAACCCACAGCGAUGAAUACGCCUUUCUGCCUGAUGGUAAGGAGGCACACUGGGAAGUGGUGGAGAGAAUUCUAUUUCUGUAUGCAAAGCUAAACCCAGGUCUUAAUUAUGUGCAGGGAAUGAAUGAGAUUUUAGGCCCCAUCUACUACACAUUCGCCACUGAUCCUGAUCAAGAAUACAGAGAAUUUGCGGAAGCGGAUUCAUUUUUUUGUUUUACUUGUUUAAUGAGUGAGAUUAGAGAUUUCUUUAUCAAAACACUAGAUGAUUCACAGUAUGGAAUAGGCAGCAAAAUGAACCAGCUAAUGGACAUGCUGAAGCUGCACGACAGACCCCUGUGGCAGAAGUUGCAGGACCAGGAGCUCAGGCCACAGUUCUACGCCUUCAGGUGGAUUACCUUGUUACUGUCACAAGAAUUCCAGUUGCCAGAUGUGCUGAGGAUCUGGGACUCAUUGUUUGCUGACACCAACAGAUUUGACUUCCUUAUUUACAUCUGCUGUGCUAUCCUCAUUUCAAUUCGACAACAGCUGUUAAAAGGAGACUUCCCUAACAACAUGAAACUUGUACAGAGAAUGGAAUCUGCUAUUGACUUACAGCAAGUCCUUGCUAAAGCCAGAGAACUGGCCAGUGGCUAGCUCAAGUUAUUGUAUUUAUAUAAACAGAUGGUGAGGGUACAACAAAUGCUGUGAUUGAUUUGAAGUUGUUCAGAGUAAAAUGUGUUUUUAGUCAAUGCAUUCAAGAAAGAAAUCUGGUGCUGUUUCCAUUCCUAGAGGAUAAAUGUGGCAUAGCUUCUCAUUUUUGUACAUCGAUGAUA